UGUCUACAAUAUUUCUUUGUUAUAUUUCAUGUUAUCAUAUAACAAAAAUAUCAAAGUACACCAGACUGGUUACAACCUGUAAGUGAACAUAAGGAGAAUACAUUGUAUAUAUAUACAUAUUUAAAUAACGCGCAAUGAUUUUAAUAAUAAUUACCCCUAUCAAAUUACCACAAAUAUAUAUUUGAUACAGUAGAAAAUAAUGAGAUGUGGUAGGAUUGCUAACGAGACAACUAUCUACCCAACGUCAAAAUGACGUCUAUUUAAGCAGCUUUAAUCUCCAUACAAUUGAUGGUAAUCAGAUCUUAAUGCAUUCUUGUAUCUCAAGAAUACUCUUAUUCGUUGGGAUAUGAAACUGGUCAUUGAGUUAACUAAUUUAGUAUAUGAAUUCCAGCAUCGGUUACAAGAUCAUGUAUGACAUUAUAAUAUUUUAAAAGAGACGAGCAAUGUCAAUGUUCAAGUCUAUUUCUAAUAAAUAGUUUUUUGAAGCUAUGAUAUAUAUUCCCCUCAAUUUAUAGUUUUAACGCCACAUCAAAAUCUAUAUUUUUACAAUUAAUUUUAAUUUUGUUUAAAAUUUACUAAAGAUACAUAUAAGAAUGAACUAACUUGUUUUGUUUUUAAGAUUGUUUCAAAACAAUAUAUUGAGCAGUUUUUAUUUUUAUUUCAUUUUGUAUUAAUCGAGGAUAUUCAACUUUAAUACCUGUAAAUGUAAGCGUAAAAUUUCCGGGAAUCUGCAUGACUGUAGAUAUCUCUAGAGAUCUAUUCUGCGAAGGUAAAAUAAUCUAUCAUUUCAUAGUUGUGAAUGAAUGAUAGAAAGAAGAUUUAUUAUAGAUCUCUUCAAUCAGUAUUAUGUUAGUAAUCAAUUAUCCUGUAGUGCAACAAAUACAUGCUAUCCGUUUUGUUUUCAUGCUGUUCAAAUAUCGAUUGUAUAGAUUUAUAAGACCGUGGUAGUACAUUUUCAAACUUCCUUGUAUUCGGUUUUUGAUCAAACCCGUUCUAAGUAUCGAGAACAAGGAAGCGUAAACUAUUCAAAAUCAGUUGACUUUUGGUUACCUGAACGGUUUAGAUAUUAGUACAUUUAGAAUGUAAAAUAUCACAUUAAAUAGGAUGGAUUCUUUACCACCGGAAAUAAUAUUAAACAUCUUAUCCUACGUAUCACAACAUGACCUUCUCUUACGGAUCAGACACGUUUCCAAGUAUUUUAACCUAUUGGCAAACGCACCUCGUUUAUGGUAUAAACUGGACGUUAGACGCAGUGAAGAAAUGACAUCGUUAUAUCUGCAGAAUAUUACCAUAAUAUGUAUCCAUAUAAAACAUCUUCUAACAGAUGAGGAAUUUUUGGUGAAAGUUUGUCAUCGGACACCAAAGCCGCAUUUUACGAAUCUUCGAAACUUAGACUUAUCAAGUGUAUAUCUGGCAACAACGAGUGUCAUUUCCGAUUUUAUUUCCGAAUGUACUAAUCUAGAAUCAUUAAGUGUUCGAUUUGAUGAUAGCAUUUUAUUCCGUGACAUUUUUAAAACGUUAUCAAAGUUAAAUCUGAAAGAUUUACAUAUUAACUAUAGUGGAGAUGACGUUGAAUUUCUUUUUUUUUUGGAAGAACUUUCUCGAAACAAAUAUUCCAAGACAUUAUCAAUUCAUUGCAACACUAUUCAAAAUAACACCGUCCGUUUUCUGUUGGGGAAUUUCCAAAAUUUAAAAUCACUAGAUGUAACUAGUUCUUAUCUAAAGAAUGACACGUUCAUGUCGAUGCAGCGUUUGCUAUCCCUUAAUGCUUUAAGCUUAGAUUACACAAGGGUGAAUGAUGCAGGCUUAAAAUUAAUUGCAAGGAACGUUCCGAAUCUGAAGUUUUUCUCUGUAGUCAGAUGUGAGGAUAUAUCAGACGAAGGCAUUGCAAAUAUCGCAGAAAAUUGUCCGUUUUUGGAGCAAAUUCAUAUUUGUAGGUCUUAUACGAUCUCCGGUAGUACCUUGAUAGCGAUAGCGAAAGGUUGCCCACGCUUACAGCGGCUGUCGGUUAUGGCAUGUGCUCAAAUUGAUGACGCUGGUGUGGAAUCAUUGGUUACGAAAUGCAAACAUUUACAGGUGUUGAUUUUAAAUUUCUGUAUACAAUUAACAGAUCAAAGUUUAUUCAGCAUCUCUAGGUUAUGUACAACCCUCCGAAAGUUAGACAUCAGUAAUAACGGAAAAUUUACUUCUAAAGGGAUUUCUUCGCUUUUACAGUCGUGUAAAUGGCUCGAACUACUUAACAGUGCUUCAUGUGGUGGAAUCACAGAAUUGAAAUUCCCUGGAUCUCGUACUGGAAUAUCAUACAGUAAAAGAAAAUUGGAUAAUAAAGACGCCUUUUUACCCACUUUAGUGAUUGUGAAUGAACGUUCUACGAACGACAACUUCGAUUCAAUAUCCAAUCAUCAACAUAGUCAUAUAAGAUCUAUGAACCUAAGCCACACAUCCAUCAAUAAUAUAUCUGUGCUAGAACUGUCGUGUUUAUGUCCGGAUUUAAGAAAUCUAUACCUUUUUGGGUGCAAAAAUGUAACUAUUGAGAUUGUCGAAUGUCUUUUUAAUAACUGCGUGUUUAUGGAGAAAAUAAGUGUAAAAAGGAAAACGAUUUUCCGCAAGAACCUAUUUCUUCAGACGAUUUCUUAAAUAUGCCUGUUUUUAUUUUGUUAUGUUGCCACAGUUAUUGAUAUAAAUAAAACUAAAUCCAAAUUUAGUACAAAAGUUGUAUUAUUAGCUUCCAUAUAAUCGAAAUUUUCAUUUUGUCGGCCAAGCCUGUUAUUUUAUAUUCAAAGGGUCACUGCUAUUUUUGUGGUCUUGUACAAUCAUUUCUUUUUUAAUCAAUUUGCUAGUAUGUUUUUCCAACGUUUUUUUAAAUACCGAUUUAUUUCAAUCU